AUGUACGCGACCAAGCCGCUCUCCCUCUUCAAGAGCCACCCGGAGGCAGCGUCCCAGCCGCCGCCCGAGGGCUGGAGCUCCGGCUACCUCGUCGUGAAGCGCCCCGACGAUGACGGCGACGACGAGAUGUGCUGCUGGGGUACGUGCGGCGGGUCGCGUGUCCGCGACCUUCCGUUCCCGCAGAACAGCGUGCUGAAGGUCCGGUACACGGAGCACCAUAGCGACAGAGACACGACGUACAGCGACGCCGUCGUGUUCGUCCCCGUCCCCGACCAGCCGCUGGCGUCGAACCGGUACUACGUCGUCGUGGCCACCGGCAUGUACAAGGGCCUCGUCAGGGUGUGCUCCCGCGAGGAGGACAUGACCACGUUCUGCUUCUACCGCCGCAUCAAUGACGCCAUGCCGCGGCCGUUCAACCCCGCCGACGUGUAUCAGCAGGUCGAGAUCGUCCAGCGCCGGCGUGGGCGGUUCACCGCGAGGUCCGUCGCCGCCGACGGGUUCCCCUUCUUCCUCUACCGCAAGAAGUACUGGCGCGUGUACGCCUCCAAGACGAAGCACUUCGGCCUCGGCGAGGCGCCGGGCCUGAACGCCGCUCUCCGGUCGCGCCAGCUCGCCGGCGCCAACAACUUCCCCCUCGACGCCUUCCCGGCGACGACGACGCCGCCGCCGCCAACGGCCGUCGGGAAAUGGUACACCCCCUUCUUCCUCAUCAAGGAGACCGGCGUCGCCCUGGCGGAGCAGAUGGACCGCGCCAUGUUCUACGAGGUGUCGCUCGAGCAGCGGUGGGAGCCCGAGCACGGCGACGGCUUCGGGAAGCUGGACGGCAAGAGUGUGCUCAUCGGCGGGAGCGUCGAGGGGAAGCAGGAGGCCUCGGCUGGCGAACGCCACGGCGACGGGUACGUGUGGUUCCGCGCGGUUGCCGGCCAGAGGGUGGGCGUGUCCGCGAGCCUGUGGGAGAGGAUGCUGUGGGAGGAGUACAGGGGAGGGUGGGUCGACGAGCACGGGGAGGCCGGGAAGUUGGCCGCCGGCGGGUCGGUGCUGGUGGAGAGGUUCGCCGUGAAGCGGGCGGAUGGCAGCGUCGCGGUCGCCGUUGACUUUGUGCACUUCAACAAGGUCAGGGAGACUCAGGUGUGA